CUAUAAUCGCUGUAUCGCUCUGAUGGCAAUUAUGUUGAAUAAUAAAAACGAAUUUUGGCAAAAAAAUGUGUGUUUCUAUUAAAUGAUACGAACUUUUCAGCCGAACUGUUACCUCCUACCAAGAAAGUAGCUUUACCGGAAAAUGCACACACUUGCAGAUGUUACCACGAUCGACACGUGGUGCCACAACGAUUUGGGUGGCGCUUUCACAUGAGCCACAAUUUUUGGUGCAACAUUCACUUCACGCUAGAUUUUUGUUCAGCUGUUGGUUAAAAUGACAAGUUUAUUUUUGUUUAAUUUGUAUCGAAUUCUCGUGCGAUUUAUGCGACAUGUAAAUAAAGUUGUCUUAAACACUUAGGGAAAUCGUGUGAUAAGUGUUAAAAUUAAUGUAGUUGGAAUAUUUUUAUAACAGGCAAGAGAAUUUUGUUAUCGUUCUGGAACGUAGUUGAAAGAUCACGGCGAACAGUCGAUUAGGGUGCAGUAGUGUUUCCAACGUAUAGCAAAUUUGAAAUUUACACAGGAUUUUGAAUAAUUUUGUUCGAGCCUGUAUAUCUGUUAUCUGUGGAAAUACAAUCCUUAAGUAACACAUUUCGGACCAUGAUUUAUUUUCAUGGGAGAUGACUCAUUGCUCAUGAGAAGUUAAAAUGAUUGGUUUCAAGAUUUUCUAAUCAUGACAACAGUAAUCUUUCCGUGUACCACUACAAAUAUCCAAACUAAAAACGUUACAAUAUUUGGGAGUAGCAUGAAGUCCAUCUAGAAACAGACAGUACUAGGAAACAACUGACUAUAUAGGAAUGGCAUGACUCAGCAUAACAAUAGUUCUCUUGGCUGUAUUAUUCGGAUUCUUCAUAAUUUAAUAUUGAAGAAUCGCAAAUACAACACAUUGCUCAGGAUGAGCAAUACUUGAAGCGGAAGCAGUUAAGAUCGAGCCUGAGUCAUCGAAAAAAUUAACCAAGCAGCACAAAAACAUGUGCAUCGAAAGUUCGUUUAACAUGCAGUGCUACACGUUGAUAGUAAUGGCCAUACUAUUUCUGUCAUUAAAUUCAGUAUGGCUGCGGACUUCAGCAGCAGCUCAAAAAAUAAGUUUUCCAGAUGGUGGAAACGUGAAUGCAUUGUCUCGUCAGCAAACGACAAAUGUCAGUUCGGGCAUCAUAACUGGAAUCUUAACUGGAACUGUUCCAAUACAGACUGGUAUCACUGGGACACCAAACACUAGUAGUGUAGCUCAAACAUGUAUCUGUGUACCGUCAGGAAGGUGUAAUACUACACCCGGAGUAAGUGACGGAUCCGGAAUGUUGGACGUCCGAAUAGUAACAUCUGCAAUUUCUAGUAAUGUAUCUUCAGGAAUAACUCCAAAUAUAGUUACACCCUCCAUAUGCGCAACUGGUUUGGAAAGGUGCUGUAUGGUAGGUGGUUAUCAGUGUGGUCUACAAUUUCCACCGGUUGCUUCGGCUAUGCAACCUGGGGCAGGACAAGCAAGUUACGGUGAAUAUCCAUGGCAAGCUGUUCUUCUUGGCCCUGGAGAUAUUUAUGCAGGUUCUGGAGCUCUUAUUGAUGCGUUUAACGUUAUAACCGUUGCACAUCGAGUUAGUGAUUAUGUAUCUGGUUCCAGACAAUUGAAAGUGCGAUUAGGAGAAUGGGAUGCAUCUGCAGCAUCAGAACCAAUCCCAGCUCAGGAAUACAAUGUUGUAAAAAUAUUUAUUCACCCAAGUUACACAUCCUCAAACCUAAAAAAUAAUAUCGCAAUGCUAAGACUAUCAUCAGCAGUUAACUUAGGAACAACCCCAACUAUAACAACUGCCUGCCUACCAUCAACAUCUUUUGUUGGCAGUCGUUGUUGGAUUUCAGGAUGGGGCAAAAAUGAUUUUGCCAAUGGAGCUUAUCAAACCAUACAGAAGGAAGUUGAUGUCCCAGUACGAUCGACCUCUGAUUGUGAAGCGGCUUUGAAAACUACUCGCUUGGGCCCUUCGUUUCAAUUAGAUUCUGUAAGUUUUUUGUGCGCAGGUGGUGAAGCUGGAAAGGAUGCUUGUACUGGAGAUGGGGGUUCUCCACUAGUUUGUGCAUUAGGUGGCCGAUAUUUCGUAGUAGGACUGGUAGCCUGGGGUAUCGGUUGCGGAACAACAAAUAUACCAGGUGUAUACGUCAACACAGCAUCUUAUGUACCGUGGAUUUUGAAUACAAUCAAUUCAAAUUAAAUUAAAUGGCAUUGGUGGAUCGGAACGUUAGAAACUAUUGUUUUAGAAACCAGAA